UGUGUUAUCAGCCCAAGCCAAAUUCCCAGUACUACAUUGAUCGAUACUGGUCUCGCGGAGAAGCUUCCCAUUAAUGCCGCUAAUUCGAAUAUCUCUCCUGUGCGCUCUAGCCCCAACGUCCAUCUAACUAAGAGACAACAAGUUCCUGUCACUCUGGGGGUCUGUGUUUGUGUCCGGCCUGCUGACGAGACAGCAUCAGAUAUAGCUUUUAAAUCAGCCAUACUGCUUCCACAACGACAAGCAUUACAUUUGGAGGCAAAAUCUUCUAGUUUAAGUCAUAAUGGAUCUAUCCAGAACGCUGUAUCAGAGCACCAUUUGGAGGAGCCAGGAUUCGAUAUCGAUAGGAAAACUAGGGUUACAAAAGUUAAAAAAGGAUUAAGCAACAAUUGUUCUAAAAGCAAUUUUACUUGCGGUGAUGACGACCCUAGAACUGUUGGUGGCGGUGGUUCUAUCGUUGAUAAAGUGACUGGCAGAAGUGAUGUUGAUCAUGGUGAGACAGAAGACAUUUACUACAAUGAGAACGAGCUCCGUCCUCAAAAUGGAGUGUUUGUGCGCUCUUUGAUUGAGGGAGGAGUUGCGCAUCAAGUAGGUCUCUUAUUUUAUCUUGAUUUUGCUUUGAGUGCUAACCUUUUAUUUCAUUAA